GAGUGCCAGUCAGGGCCGAUGUAACUGGAUCUUUACUCUGAGUCGGAGGGAAAGUUUGCUAGGAGCUUCAAGCUUAUACAUACAGGCUUUCUCCAGAUAUGUGACCCGUUUUUUUCUCUCUUUCCCUUGGUUAACGGGUAGAAAUGAACGGGCGGAAUGGCGUCUGUGCUGGGCAGAAUUCACUGGAUUAUUCUUGUGUUAUGUUGGAUGAUUGUACUUUCAAGUUGUGGUGAUAUCAGAGAUUUACUGUUCCGCUGCCCGGAUGGGACGUUCGGUUACAAGUGUCAAUUCCGGUGUCACUGCCGCAAUGGGGACACCUGUAAUAAGGAGACAGGUUGGUGUCGAUCAGGCUGUGCUAAUGGCUUCUGGGGACCCGGAUGUCAGCUGACUCAGGGAUGUUUUUACAACGGCCAGAAGAAGGCGUACAUGGGGACGGUGUCGGUGACACAGAGCGGCUAUAAGUGUCAGAGAUGGUCGUCCCAGGUGCCACACCGACACACCUACAAACCGGCAGACUUCCCCGACGACGCUUUCCCGGAGAACUACUGCCGAACGACUCACGAUGCCCACAAGCCCUGGUGCUACACGACAACGCCGGGCAAGCGAUGGGAAUACUGCAAUGUUAUUAACUGUGAUUGCCCCGCAGGCCGUUUCGGGGCGAACUGUGCCAAAGAGUGUCACUGUUCCAGCAGCUUCGAGACGUGUGGAAGUAUUAUGGGCAUGUGUAGAGGGCGCUGUGGUGACGGAUGGCGGGACUUCGGCUGUCAAACAGCCACGUCAUGUGCACGAAAUCGCUACGGUUGGGACUGCGCCCUCAGAUGUCACUGUGAAAACUCAUCUGACUGUGACCGCUUCAGUGGUCCCUCCUCGAGCUGUGAAUGCGAACGAGGCUAUUUUAACCCACCAAAAUGUGAACCAGUAACGGCGCCCAAGAUCAUCGAGCUGUCCAAUUCUAAAGUGAAUCCAGGUCAGCCUACUGUGUUCAACUGUACAGUAGCUGCCUACCCUACGCCAUUGUCCAAUGAAAUUGUCUUGAAAACUCCACGUGGCAAAUCCAUCCGUUUGAUUCGCUCCGAUAUCCUUCAUGAAUAUUCAUUUACACGAGUCAGCCUCUUCCAAGUGAAUAAAGUUAUCCCGCAUGAGAUGUACAGCUGUGAAGUUCGAGGAACUGCGGGUGCUACAUCUAGGGCAUCGCGGGCUUCAACGUACACUCUACCCAAAUUGGUGAACCCGCCGUCCAUUCUGUCUAACGGGAUUCAAACCACUAAUAUCUCCAUGGCCUGGGAACCCUGGAAUCCUAAAGUGGACGUGGGUGAUCCACCAGUGAUUUGGUACAGCGUUUUCACCAAAUCACCCAAGGACAGGAAAGCCAAACUCGCCGGGAUUGUGUACAACACUUUCUGCGGUAAGAAAUGCACAUACGUCUUGAAGGAUCUCCAGCCACACACCAUGUACGCCAUUCAUAUUGUGUGCCGUCGGGAGGGAGAAGGCGGCGACGGUCCCCCAGGCCCCACCAUUAACGCCAGGACGCUGUGUGCCGCACCAACGCAGCCUGUGGAAAUCCAAGGAUUGACGUCCAAUAUUUUCUACAAUUAUUCUACGCCCCGCUCAACCUUGACCGUCAAAUGGAAGAAUCCACCAAAAGACAGUUUAAACUGUAAAGAAAUCGUGCGCUACUUCGUGUAUCUUAGCAACUCCAGACUAGGCACACCUCCUCGUUUGACCCAGCUGCCGGGUGGGAGCCCCACCCGUGUGACCUUGUCUAACCUUGAGCCUUUCACCUGGUACUGUGUCAGGAUACGGUAUCAGACCGAUGGACGUUUUCCCAGUCCACAAUCCAAAGAAAACUGCGCCCAAACACCCGAAGCUACUCCUUUGCCUCCAAUUAACUUGGCUUUACAACGAACAGGAAGUGAGUCUAUGACACUGAGCUGGGAACAACCCACCCCGCUUCGGGGCAAUAUCACUCACUAUAGAAUUGUGUACAGCGACAGCUCGAACAAGAAACAGGAAAAAACCCUGACGGCAAUUGGGACCCAUAUGCAAUAUAUACUGACUAGACUUCAGUCAUUCACAGAAUACAAAAUACAGGUCCAAGCUAUAAACUCUGCCGGAGCCGGGGACCUAUCAGAAGCGAUCAUCGCUAAAACUUUACAAGGAGUGCCAGGUCCCGUUAGGUCUUUACGGAACGUCACCAGAACGUCGAACGCGAUACGUCUGAUGUGGUCAGCCCCCGAGAAGACCAACGGCCAGCUCGAGUACUAUCAGAUAUCUUGUCGUCCAGUCAACGCUGUGGCACUUGGUCCAAGGCGACAGACUAGUGAGGAAUCGAGCACUGUUGAAGAGAAGGUGCCGGCUGUUAUCAUGGAUGUUACUAUGUAUGCACUAAACCCGGCCACACAAUACGGCUGUGGCGUGAAAGCUAUUUCUAACACCGGCGCAGGACCGGAGAGGACUAUAUUGGUCUGGACGGAAGGAACUGAGCCCUACCCGCCCGAGUCCCCUAAGGUUCUAGUGACGAGGGAUAACACGGUCACGGUGGAUCUCCAGUCGCCAGAGGAUCAGUUUGUCAGUUUUUAUCGUAUAAUCGUUGAAAGACACUCCGGAAGCGAAAAGCGACGACGUCAAGCCCGUGAAACGCCAACAAGCAUGACGGAAGUGAAUGAGGACUUCUUCACUGCGGUUCGCCGUGGUUCCAAAUUGUACGUUGCUGCUCAGCUUCAGGGUCAAGAUGUUAACGGGCCAUUCACGGUGGGGGAUAACGGUACUUAUGGUGGAUACUACAACGCCCCUCUGCAGCAGGAGAGAGAGUACACUAUUUGGUUUGGGGCUUAUUCCACGGUGGACGGGGCGUUAACUCAAUCCUUCUCUAAAACAGACAGACCUGUCGUAGUCCGGAGUAUCCUCGAACCAAAACGCUCCAGUAGUCAUAUCGGUAUUAUUGUUGGGGUUUUAGCAGUAUUUAUACUGUUGGUGCUGACGUUUGCUGUAUUCCUUCUGAUAUGGAAGAAACGCUCAAAUGGACCCCCUGCUGAGAAACAGGAAGUGCGUACAUUCAUCUCCUUCUCUCCGCCACCCAUGAUGCCAGAGCUGGAUCUCUCCCCACCCACCACACCACUUGAGAACAGAGAGAACAUGGAAAUUGAGCCGUUGAUCACGCCAUCCACCAUAGAUGACUGCGAAUUUGAGCCUGUGUACGGAAACGCUAUGCCGUCAUAUCCGCCCGUGCGCGUGGAGGACUUAUGGGAUUACGUCAGGCAACAGAAAGAAAACGACAUGGAGGGGCUAAAACAGGAGUACAAGCUCUUGCCGGCGGGGUUAACCGCGAAGUGUGACGUGGCCAAACGAUGUGCAAAUAAAGCCAAAAACCGUUAUGGGAACAUAGUUGCUUAUGACCACACUCGAGUCAUUUUGACUUCAUUACCCGGAGACAUAUCCUCCGAUUACAUAAAUGCAAAUUACAUUGAUGGUUACAACAAACCUCGAGCUUACAUAGCAGCACAAGGACCAAAUAAAGCCACACUGGGUGACAUCUGGCGAAUGGUGUGGCAGGAGAAUUCAAAGACCAUUAUAAUGCUCACAAACCCUACAGAAACUGGUCGGAGGAAAUGUGACCAGUACUGGCCAGAUGAGGGGUGUGAACAGUAUGGGGACAUCACAGUCCAGUUCUCAGACUGUGACAAACUACCGGAUUUCACCAUCCGCACAUUCCUCCUUACAAGGGGUGAAGAAUCUAAAAUAGUAAAACAGUUUCAUUACACCACUUGGCCAGACCACGGGGUUCCGAAAUUUGGAAACUCUCUCAUCCUCUUCCGACAAAAACUACGAGCGUACGACCCAUUGGAAAGUGGACCACCAAUAGUACAUUGCAGCGCCGGAGUUGGUCGGACGGGCACAUACAUCGCCAUAGACACUCAACUUGAGAAAGCCAAGAUUGAGGAUGUGGUGGACGUUCAUAAUUUCGCUCAGCUCAUGCGCACUCAGAGAGUCAACAUGGUCCAAACACUGGAACAAUACAUAUUCGUGUAUGAUGUAUUGCUGGAGGCGUUGAUUUGUGGGGAGACGACCAUACCGCUGGCUCACUUCCACAAAGUUUAUGAAGACUUGUAUAUAACAGAUGCUGUGAUAGGCAAGCCGAGAAUAGAGGAACAGUUCGAGAUUUUACGCCUUAUUUCGGCAACAUUGGAAAAAGAAGAAAGCACGGUUGCGCUUCAGGAAGAAAACGUUUUCAAGAAUCGGUUUAAAAAUAUCAUACCAGCCAAUCGCUGUAGACCAUACCUGACAACCCUAGCAGAUGGAUGCAACGAUUACAUCAAUGCCGUCUUUGCCAAUGGUUUCCACAAGAAGGAUGCUUUCCUCAUUACUCAGAUGCCUCUGUCUAACACCGUGGUGGAUUUCUGGCGGCUCAUCUAUGACAUGAACUGCUGCACAAUUGUCAUGAUGAACGAGGCCGAUACGCAGGACCCGAGCUCGGCCAUGUAUUGGACUCUUGACGCAUGUGGUGAGAAUUACGGUCCGUUUAUCGUGGAAACAACUGCUGAGAUCAAGUCCGACCCUAGUAUAACUGUUAGGGACUUUACCAUCACCCAUACUGGCAAUCCCGGCGAAGUGCCUCGGUUGGUCAGACAGUUUCACUUCCAUCGCUGGUCGGAAGGCCGAGAUAUUCCCAGCUCAAAGAUGGCGCUUCUGGACUUACUCAGUAUGGUAGAGGAAUGGCAGCAGUUGAAUGGCAACCGACCAGUCACUGUCCACUGCAUGAACGGUGCUAGUCGCAGUGGGCUGUACUGUGCGGUCAGCUGUGUUUUGGAGCGUGUGAGAAUCGACCAGGAAGUCGACGUGUUCCAAGCAGUCAAACAACUCAGAAUCAACCGGUCACAACUCGUGGAAAGCCUGGAACAGUACAAAUUUUGCUACGACAUCGUCCAGGACUACCUUAACUUCAUCGAAAGAACUUCUUCCAUUGCGUAGUUGCAAGGCGUGUCGCUUUUUAAAUUAGACACUGCCAAAUAUAAUGGUGCUUCCGACAACAUGGUGGGGCAAAACGUCCUCAAACCCCUAGAAAAGCUGAUCCUAUCGUCUGGGACUUCCACCACCAGAGUGCUGAUUGUAUUUUGUCAAGCCAGAUACGGUUACCCCGUUUCGCUAUCUGUCACAGUAUGCAACCCGACCGAUCGGAUUUCUACGUCACUCCCUGCUGUGACGUAAUUAACGUAUGACCAUGCCAAGAUACCGUGACGUCAUUAUUCAAGGAAUUUGGUUUUUGCCUUGUCCUGCGAUCUGUAUAUACUAUGGACCUGACAAUGCAUCGUUGUUAUUGGAAUGUGUUAUUCAGUUUUAGACAUUAGUUGCUUGGAUUGUACACUCCUUACAUGUCAACUAUAAUCAAUGCAUAAUUUUGUUGAAGGACAAAUUCCAUCUCCCCGGUGUGAAAAAGCCUUCACUGAACUGCAGAGAAGAAGGCAACUUUCUCAGAGACUCAAAGGUCGCCCCAUAUAGGCCAUUGGCCAAACUUUAUGAAAGUUGAAUCAAAGAUAUUGAAUAUUCAACAAGUUUGGGAGACUUACAUGGUGUUCAUCUCACAGUCGGGUGGAAUUUAAUUACGCUAUACAUAUUAGAGAUGAGGUCUUAAAGGACAGGUGAUAUCAUAACGGUUAUUUGAUAAGCGGAAGUUAUUUUAUAACCAGAAGUCAGGUGAGGAAAAAAAAGAUGCACUUCUUGUGAAGACAAAAUCUACAGAAAACUAGAGAUUUCCUGACCUGUUGGCCUCAAUUCUACAAUUUUCAAAGCGUCUGUCGUGCAAUGAUAAGAGGAAAUCGUUUAGAGACGAGACAAGUUUACAGUUAGAGAAGAGAAUAGAAUAGAAACGUUGAUGCGGAAACAUUACGGUAUCAACGGCAGGAAUCUACUGGACUCAGUGCAAUUGAUAUAAAACUGUAAAACUGAUGGGAUACAACUUGAUUACCCUUAAAGAGGAAAAAAAACUAUAAACCGACGUAAGCAUCAUUAGGAAAAGUUCUAUUGAAAACUGUACCUGAAAAUAGCUGUAGUUAUUCUUUUCAGAAUUUUUCAUUGGGUCAAAUGCGGUCAAAUGUUUUCAUUGUAUGGCGGGCUUUAUGCACCAUAUGUGCGAUCCUUUACCCCAGCAUUCUUGAAUCGGGUUCAACAUCUUACCAGUUGUUGAUAUUGAUUAUAUAUGUCGUUCUCAGAAUUUUAUUCAGGACUGAACGUAAAAGUGUAAAAAAUAUAGUGACGUCAUUGACGACAUACAUCAUUAGUAUGGCUCAUAAUGCUCGCCAAAGAAUAAAACCUCUGACUGCAUUUGACUCAGUGAAAAAAAUGUAAUAAACAUAAGCAAAGAUAAUUUCAUAUAUUAUUACAGUUUUCAACGUUCUUUGUCCCGAUGCUCGCUACAUCUUUAUAGUUUCUUUCCCUUGAAAUAAAACACGAGGAGUGAAAGUAAAUAAGAAACAAUAAGUAAAUGUCAGUGGAAAGACCUCAGAAUUCUGUAUCCAAAACUCUAUUUGUUUAUUAUUUUAUCUUUCAGGUUUUAUUCGACUGAAUGAAAGGCAGUGCUUACACUCUAUGGUAGGCCUUAUUGACCACGUCAGUAGUAGUGGAUAUUAUAAUGAUUUGGCUCAUCUCCUCUUAGUUUCACUUUUGUAAAUUCUUGGGAAAUUUACGCUUGUACUGUAUACUAAAAAGCAUAACGAACUUUGCCGACAUUAAAAAAACUGUGUGUGGGAUGAAACAAGUUUGCUUCGUCCCUGACUCUAAAAGCUUAACUACAUUUUAAUCAUUCAAUAAAUCUAAUAAGAAAAUAUGUAAAGGUGGUUUCAGAUGUAUAUGAUGUCUUUCCAGUGACACUUUCUUCAUUUUCUCUUUUCUUUCACUUUCUGUGGUACGAUGAAUCAUUACUUAUGUAUAUGACAAUCUGUACUCUACUGUAGUAAUGCUUGUAAAUACCUGAAUUAAAUGGCGUGUAAUUAAUAAUGUGUACAGAAUGACAUGGGGACUCAAUCGGCUGGACAGGGAUACCAUCGGUACCAGCUGUUGUACAUUAGUGUUUGGUCGUUUUUAAUUGUGUGUUCGGUCGUUUUUAUGUGUGUAUAGGUUCCCGACUCUCUGUUCAUUUGUUUCUCCCGUCCUG